AUGGUGCAAAUAUCGAAAUUGUGCAAUGAAUUAAAGCGUGCGCAUGUUAUUACGGAAUGUGGUACAUUGUGUAUCAAUAUUAAUGAUCGAAUCAUCAACACAAAGAAGUCUUCAGCGAUUUGUUUUUCAGAAUUAAUCAAAGAAAAAUAUUAUAUUGAUAAAUCAAUCACAUCAUUGAACACACAUCUAGAUAUUACAUGCCAAGAUUCGAUUGAUAUACUUUCAAACUUUAUUGAAACGGGGAAACUUGAAUUUGAAGCAGAUGAGGCACAUUAUCAUGACAUAUUCGAAAUCGGCAAACAUUUUGGAAAUCAAUUUCUCAUACAAGUAUAUGCUAAACAUGUUAAAUCAGACAAAUCUCUCACAAAUGAAAACAUUUUUAAGAAGUACGAAAUUUCUGCAUACGAAAACGAUUCUACGACAAUGAAUGAAUGCAUUGAGUACAUAUCAUCACAUUUCUACAGUUUGAAAGAUGAUGAUAUCAUUACAAAUUUUGUGAAAAAUGGAUUUGAAUUUUGUGAAAAAAUUUUGAAGUCAAAAGAACUGAAAAUAGAAAAUGAAGACAAACUAUGUUUGUUACUUUUAGAUACUUGCAGAAGAGACAAUACAUUAUUUGAUUUAUUUAGCUAUGUUAAUUUACAAUUUUGUUCUUCAGAAGUUUAUGACUAUAUUUAUAAUUUUUCAGUUGAAAACUCUUAUGAAUCAAGUCUUUUAACUAUUUAUAAUGAAACAUUGAAACAUUAUCAUUCAAAAUUAAGAAAUAAAUUUGAAAUCUCAAAUCAAUCUAUUACAUCUUUCGAAAAACAUUUGAUUCGAAAUCAAUUUCAAAUAUCAAAUCAUAGUUUUAGUUUUGUUGAUACAAAAUUUGUUGAAAAAGUUUCAAAAGAAAUUCAAAUGGAAAUGACUGCUUCAUCUCUUGAUUGUGGAAAUUUAUCCGAUAUAAAUUCAUAUUCAGAUAAUGCUAAAUUCUUUACAAGUGAUAAACCUAAUUCAUGGGUAAAAGCUGAUCUAAAAAGAUAUAAAUUAAAACCAAAAUCAUAUAUUCUACGAUCAACAUGUAAAGGUGAUUAUAGUUUAUUGAGGAAAUGGAAGCUAGAAGGUAUCAAAGAAGAUGGAACAUCUAUUGUAUUAGAUAAUAAAUACUAUGAAUUUCAACAAAGAGAAAUCAAAGAAUUUCCACUUCAAACUAAUGAUUAUUUUGUUGCUUUCAAAAUAACACAAACAGGAAAGAAUUCAUGUGAUCAAGACCAUUUCCAUAUUACUGUUUUUGACUUCAAAGGAGAAUUAAUAAAAAUUUAA